AUGCCCUUUCCUGCCUGUAGCAAACUGUCCUUUUACUCCAAUCCAUUCCAAGAACAAGAUACUAUACAUGGAGGCUCUCUCACUAGCCCUAGCUUUUCUCAUCAUAUUUCUCACACUUAGUUUUUUUCUCUCCAAAAACGGAUCCGAUGCCGAUUCAAGGCUUCCACCGGGUGGCACGGGGUUGCCCUUCGUCGGCGAAACCCUAGAUUUCUUCAUCAACCCCGAGAAAUUCAUCACGGACAGGAUGAAAAAGCACUCUCCAGACAUAUUCAUGACCAAUUUUUUCGGGGAGAAGAUCGUGGUGAUAUGCGGCCCCAACGGACACAAGUUUCUCUGGUCCAACGAGAACAAGUACUUCACUACAUUCUAUCCGCAGGCCAUUCAAAAGCUCUUCCUCACCUCCCAACCGAAAGUCGAAAAAUUAGUACGCGAAGAGGCUUUCCAGGCGAUAAGGGGACCGGGAUUUUUGAAGCCCGAGGCGUUGGUCCAUUACUUGGCAGGUAUGGACUCCAUCAUCCAGCAACAACUGAAGACACACUGGGAAGGCAAAUCUGAGGUGAAGAUCCACCCUUUUUCAAGGGCUGCAACCUUGACGCUUGCAUGCAAAUUCUUCAUGGGCACUGACAAUCCGGAGCGAAUCGCGAAACUCAUCCGCCAUUUCGAUGGCAUCACCGAAGGGAUUCAUUCCCUCCCUCUCAACAUUCCCGGGACCGCCUUCUACAGCGCGAGCAAGGCGGCGGGCGUGAUUCGGAAGGAGCUCGCGACCGUGAUCAAGGAGAAGAAAGCCGCGGUGGCGGCCGGAUCGCCGAGUCAGGACCUGUUGUCGACGUUCAUCUCCACCGGGGUCAUGUCGGACGCCGAGGUAGCUGACAAGAUAAUGGGAUUGCUGAUUGCUGGGUAUAGCACGGUUGCCACCACCAUGACUUUUUUCAUGAAGUACGUUGGAGAGAGACCUGAGGUUUAUCAUAAGGUUCUUACAGAGCAGCUAGAGAUCUCAAAGGCGAAGCAACCGGGAGAAUUGCUAUGCUGGGACGACAUGCAAAAAAUGAAGUACUCCUGGGCUGUCAUCUGUGAAGUGAUGAGGCUGACUCCCCCACUUCUAGGAACUUUCAGAGAAGCCAUGACUGAUUUUACCUAUGCUGGUUACUCUGUUCCAAAAGGGUGGAAGGUAUUUUGGACAGUGAACACAACACAGAAGAACCCCGAGUACUUUCGAGAACCAAAUAAAUUCGACCCGUCAAGAUUCAUGGAAGGUGAUGCGCCACCAGCCUUUACAUACGUGCCAUUUGGAGGUGGACCUAGAAUGUGCCCUGGAAAGGAAUACGCUCGAUUAGUGGUACUUGCUUUCGUCCACAACGUGGUUAAAAAGUAUAAAUGGUCCCUCAUUGAUCCUAGAGAGAAAAUUUUAGGCAGCAUGAUGCCAUUGCCGGAGAAAGGACUUCCAGUUCGCCUAUAUCAUCGCUAGGGUUUUUGUCGAUAUAUCUAUACUUAAUUUACUUCAUGCACAACUUGGAUUUCUCCAAGAAUUGAACUUAAUUCCAUUAAGUAAUACUUACACAUGUAUUUGUAAGGCUUCUUAAUUAGUUUUAGUCCCAUGGAAGGAAGAUCUUGUAAGUAUAUACGAGUUUACUUUCUAUCGUCUAGUUGAAGGAAAUAAAAAUAUUUCAUCCUGAAUGGAUAUACCCUCGUCUAAACUGUAACGAUUUUAAUGAGAGGAAAACUUGUUAUGUAUUAAUAAAAA